UCCAGCAGAAAUCUCGCCAAUAUCCCGUUGUUGGCCUGCCCGGGCCGGCGACCUUAUUUUUCGGCCGUUCCCCUUCGCCUGCCGCUGAGGCUCACUCCCACCGUAAAUACAACUUGACUCCCCGCCCUCCCUGCCUUCCUCUCCCAGGUCCCUCUCCCUGCUGCCUGCUCGCUCCUGGUCCCGGCCCGCUCCCCCCUGCUCCGGCUCCUCGCGCUCGCUCGCUCUCACUCCUCGACAUGCCGACCGCAUCCGUCGUCCCUCUCGGCGGUGGUCCCGGGCCCGACGAGGGGUUCUCCCCCGUUAAACAACCUGUAGUCGUCAGCUACGCCGUCUCCUCCGACCCCUCCUCCUCCUCCUCGGCUUCGGACCCCCUCGACGACGACGGCGACGACGAUAUCGAAGACUUCAUGCUCUCGUCUCCCCAUGAACACGACCAUCUGCUCCCCAUGCACGACGUGCCCCAGAGUGUCGCGUGCGCUACCCGCCGACGGCUAUCGGACUCAUCUCAAGAUUUCUCGGACGACGACCGCGGCGUGCUCUCGCACCUCUACCGCACCGUCUCCAUCGGCGGCUCACUAGCCGCGCAGAAAUCCGCUCAAGUCCUGUCCAGCACCGCUCAUCAGCUCGCGACAUCGCUCGUGGUGUCGUCAAGUAAGCAGCACCACCACUACCACAACCUCAGAGGAAAGUCCGUCGACAGUUUCCAGUUCCGCAGUCGCAGCUCGUCACAUGCCGGUGCGCGACUGAAGCUGCACGAAAUGCGUGCACAGUACCUGAUCGGAAAUACAAAGUCUCCAUAUGACUGGGCGUCGAUGAUUGUUGACGACAAAACGCUGUCGCGGAUGCCCCGCAGGAUACGAAAUUUUUACAGAUCCCAGAAUGAGCUCGCGGAGCGAUACAUGGAAGUCGACAGUCUACUCGAUUCAGACAUCUCUCACACAAUGAUCCAUGAUUAUACAGAUGGCGUGUCUGCUGCAUCACGAAGAACUGCUGUGCCUGCAAACAUAGACGAGGAAGGACAGACGCAUUUAAAUACUGACGCGCGUGAAGAAUACUCUGGCAUUGUCACUCUGGCAAUCAUAGUCAAUUUCCUGAUCAACAUAUUUCUGCUGGCGGGAAAAGGCGCUAUCGUGAUUCUCACAAAUUCAAUCUCGGUCAUUGCAUCCUUGGUAGACUCUGCGCUCGAUUUCUUGUGCACGACAAUAAUCUGGCUGAGCACAAGCAUGGCCGAAUCCACCGACUCGACGACCCGAUUUAAUUAUCCGGUCGGCCGUAGCCGGCUGGAGCCGAUCGGAGUGCUUGUGUUUUCCGUCAUCAUCAUCGUGUCUUUUUGUCAAGUAGCAGUCGAGGCGAUCGAGCGGUUAUAUAGCGGUCCGCGGGUUCCCGUCAGGUUGGGUCUACCAUCGUUUGCAAUUAUGUCGAUGGCGGUCAUACUAAAGCUGUUUGCCUGGCUAUGGUGCCGGUCAAUAAACUCAUCGGCCGUGCAAGCUCUAGCCCAGGACGCAAUGUCCGAUAUCGUGUUCAACAUCUUGUCAAUGCUCUUUCCAAUCGCGGGACACUUGUUCGGAUACUGGUGGCUGGAUCCUUUGGGCGCGUUGCUCUUGUCGAUAUACAUCAUCCACCAAUGGGUCGAGACCACGCUCGAGCACAUCCGCAACCUGUCUGGAGUAGCCGGCGACUCGGUCGACAAGCAAGUCGUCACCUAUCUCUGUCUGCGAUUCGCAGAAAGCAUAAAGCAGGUGACGGCGGUCAACGUCUAUCAUUCUGGCGAUAGACUACAGGUCGAGGUUGAUAUAGUAGUCGAGGACCAGCUGUCGCUCCGCGAUACGCACGAUCUGGGCGAGGCGCUGCAGUAUGCGAUUGAAACGCUUCCUAUGGUCGAGCGGGCGUAUGUGCAUCUCGACUACCGGGGCGAUAACUUUGUGGGCCACAUCCAGAGAUGACUUUUGUAGAUCUUGUUUCCGUCAUCUCCAGUGUCGCUCUUCCUGCAUAUAAACGGACAUAUUUGGAUAUAGCAACGUCAUAACCAUGUUAAUAGAAUCUAAUACACAUCUGAUGUAAGAGGACAGUAAGAAGACAUAGAGUUCGCCCCGAGCCGCAGGCCUCUGAUGUCGGGCU